UGGUGAUCUCCUUAACAUUUUGCCAAAGAUAGGGCAGACAGCGCAGCGAAAUGGAGGCCUUCUACUUGCUCUGCUCUAUUGCUUCCACAUUCGUCUCCUCCACCGCCCUCUCCUUCCUCCUCGCUAUCCGAUCCUUCUCCCGCUUUCUCUCUCCUAUUCUUGCCAACGAAUGCUGCGACCGCGCCGCUGUGCGACUCUAUCAGGGCCGUGUCCGCCAUUCGCGGACAAAGCCUGUUUUCAAUUCCUUCGAGUAUCCAGUUCGCUAUGCGCUCUUUGACCUGGACCGUGCUCAGCAUGACUCGCAUUUUUCCGCUGAUCGAGCUCGGGAGGCUGCGGGGACCGAUGGACCAGUGUUUCUUCUCACAAUUCCGACAAGCGUGGGGUACGAUCAGAAUCCCCUGAAGGUGUAUUAUUGCUAUGAUUUGGGAGAGGAAGGGGAGGAGGAGGAAAGAUGGUCUUUACCUCGUUUAAAGAAUUGCAUUGCCGAGGUAACAAAUACGCCUUGGGGGGAGAAAGUAUUUUUUGAGUUUGCCCCGGGAUCGGAUAUGGUUGCUAAGCCAUUGCAUGUUAGCCCGUUUAUGGACAUGAUAGGAAAUUGGAAAAUCCAUGCUUCUGAACCAGGAGAUAACAUUUUUAUAUCUAUUUCAGUUCAGCACCCCACUCUUGGAAAUUACUUCAUUGCUACGCUGAGUGCUAAAAGAGUUCAUUCAUCAACUACUUCGCUUAACAUGGAAAAGUAUUUCUGGUUGAUGCCACAUAAGGUUGCAGCGUUGAUAUAUUGGCAGGCUGUCAAGCUUUGGUGGAAAAAUGUCCCUUUUAUUGGUCACCCAAAGUACUCAAAUCCAUCCUACAGAGACGAUGCUUCGUCGAGGUGCAAUGAAAUUUGCCCUUUGCGCAUAAACAGACGACAGAGCAAUAAGCUGAAUCAAAAUAGCAAUGGUGAAAGCAGAACCAGGUGGUGUAUUUGGAGAGAUGCUGAAUGGCCAUGGGCGUGAUUAUUGUUUUGCAACUCAUCCAAGUUAAAUGGAUGAAUUGCCUUGAUGCAGGAUCUGUUCUAUAUUUUGAAGCCUGUUGCCAAGCAGGUUUGUUGAUCUUUACAGUUAGUUGUUUCAGCUGUCUUUUUUUUUUUUUCAAGCUGCUUGAUUGAUUGAAUGCUGAAAUUGUACUAUGUAAGUUAUGCAUUAUGCUUGUUAGAGCAUUAAUUCGAAUUUUCCAUGUUUUUGACGUGAAUAAAAAAGAUGAUCAGCCUCCUUCAUUGUAUAAA